CCUCGCGGGCACCCUUAGUCCAGUUUUGUGCGUGUUCCUCGUACAAUAGAGUCGAAAAUCCGCGCCCCUUUUUAUGACAGACACGAGCCACGUUUCGUUAGGCCAAAUCUACCGAUUUUAAAAAAACUACGUUCAACGGCGAGGUCAUAUUCGAUUGCUCAUCGCUUUGUCAUCCAUUUUUUCUCGUCUCGCUCACUCACGGUGCUCGUGAUCAACAAAUAAUCGACAUUUUCAAUUCGACGGACGUAAGCUCCACGCUGAACGGUAUUUAUCGUCGUCCUCCAUCCUCGUCAACGUCCACUCGACCGAUUUUCUUGUUUUGACUAUUCGUCUAGUCUCUGCGGUUUACUGUUUCGAUCCCUCUCUCUUCCUAACUCGCCGUUUGAGUUUUAAGCCUCAAGGGGUUGAAACGAGUAACCUGUUGCGGUACCGCGCAUUCGUGCUCUCUCAUGUUUUCGUAUUACAAGCUCGAAACAACCGCUUCCUUGUAAGAUCGCCAGGUAAACCAGCACUGGAACGAUCCUGCGAAUCGCGACUCGUCACUCACGACGACGUCGAAAUAUUACUGUUUGACGUUAUCGGGCAUUAAUGGGCAUUCGGGGAACUGAGAAUUUCUGCUCGACAGAAAAUCAACGGUUUUGUAGAUACGAAAUAUCGUUGGGGGAAUUUAAGUUUUCUUGAGUGAAGAGAAAUUUUUAGUGUUUUGAGUAUUUGCGUCGAUCGUGAAAGUAGAAAAUGACAACGGAGGGAAACGAGAAAACUGUCGACGAUUGGCCUCAAAGUGUUUUUCGUUCGUUUCUUUCCAGAUUUUUAAUAUUUCAAUUUAUUUUUUAUUCGGUGUUCAAAUAAAAUUUUUUUUUUCAACUCCUCUCUGGUUCAUUAAACAACAUUUUUUACAGGCCGCUCGUGUAUGUGACAACAAAAUAGGUCAACUUCACCCGAUGAAAUUCACCUCUGAAUCGCACUUUGCGUUAAAACUUCAUUUUUUUCGCGUCGAGUUACGUGACGGUGUAAUUCGCGCUUUUCGAAAAAUUUUCCCAAUCGAGCUUUAAAAGAGUUCUUCUCGGAUCAAAUACUCCAUUUUUGGGUGAAGUGAAACGAUAAAUUUCCGUAUUGUUUAAACGAAAAAUUUGUUUCGUGGAAAUCUUUAAAUUUUUUAAAAAAGAGGCUCGUGCAGUAGUACAUUUUUCUUUAUGUGGAAAAAAAUACGAUUUUUUUCACCGUCCCUCUCAAUGACAGAGGAUCGAUUCGAAGUCGAAAUUUCCAUUGGCACCCGAUCGAGGGAAUGGAGCACUUGAUAAAAAAACUCCGGCAAUGAAUGUUGACAGAAUCGAACGUCUCAAAAAAGAAUAAAUUCUUAGUUUUUUUCGAUAGUGAACCAAAUUUGGCUCUUUCUAAACUCUUGUGUUGAACCCUGAGAACAGAAAUUUGUUGAUUCAUCAAAAUUCUUCGCCAGCUCACAAAUUGUGAAGAAGGAAAUGCAAUUGGCUGAUUCGACAAAACUCUCGUUGGUUCAACAAUUUCUUGGGUCAGCCAUCCAAGCGAUUGAAUUAACCAAAUUUUUGUCAAAUCAACGAAUAAUUCAACAAAAAAUUUGUUGAAUUAUUUCAAAUAAACGUUUUGAGUAAUUUUUUCCUCUUCUUCGUCCCCGAGGCCAAUAAAUUUCGAGGGGGAUAAGUUUGCCAGAUAAAUAUCCCCCUUCGUAUAAAUUAAGGAGAAAAAUAAAAGAGGGAAACGAGGAGUAGAGGAAAAGAAUAAGAAUCGGACAAGUGAAAGGAAACGUGGUGGACUUGGAGGCGCUAGUCAAAGUGCCGGACAAAUUGUCCGAGGUAUUGGGCGAUGUGUUGGAGCUAGCAUGCGGAGGAGGCACCGGGUCAGCCGACAAAGCUGGCUCAGGUGCAACGAACAGUGCCGCGAGUAGGAUCGGUAUGGUUACCGGGGUUGCCAUUAUCAGAGGACGUUGGGCUCAGAGGACUGCGAGAUCACCUUUGUCCUCUGUCACAACGACCGAUAGUACUGACAGCACCACGAGCUCCGAGCAGGAAUUCAACGCUCUGGCCAGAGAACAACACUUGGCUGUUCAACCCUCGUCAGCGAUUGAGACGACGAUUGUGGGAGAAUCUGCUGACUCGGACUACGGGAUCGGGACGACUCUGGCUCAGCCUCGAAUGACCAUGGCCAGUGGAAUCGUCCACUCAGUGUCCGGAUGUCGUCCCUUCGUGAGGAAUUCGUCAAUCAGCUCUCAGGGUUCUCUCGAGGGUGGAGGGUCGUCGUCCAGCGGGGCACAGCGCGGAUCUUGUUCGCCUCGGAUCAGAGCCUUUGGACCGGACGGUCGGCAUCGACAACCGGAUUCCUUCCCGACAGCUUCCUCGUAUCCGCCUUCGAGAAGUUCAAGAUCUCCGUCGCCGGCUCGUGCGAUCUCGCUGGACGCUCGCUCCGCAAGUCCAGCGAGUUUCGCCGGAAGCUGUGGAACAGCUUCGCCGUCUCAGAAUUCGCUGUCUUCGUUGACCACCGGAGGGGCGAGUUCUUCCUGCGGUUCGUCCUCGAUCGGUGCCGCCAGAUCCGUUGCUCGUUGCUUGUCACCCCUUCUCAUUCCUCCACCGAGUUCUCUCACCAGUGACAGCACCGGGCCCGCACCACCCGCUUCGCCUCUGGGUUCGCUGCAGCCCGAUUUGUAUCAACGUCGAGACGGGCCUCUCUUCCUCAGCGCUCAGAGCACGACGGCUGGAAAAAAUAUGGGACGACUUCAUCUUCGUUUGAAAUACGAUUUCGACAGAUCAGACUUACGAGUGCACUUGAUCGAGGCUCACGAUCUCGCCGGAAGCGAUCAGGGUGGAUUCAAUGAUCCUUAUGUAAAGCUCACCCUCAGCCCGGAAGUUGACACGAGGAAGAGACAAACGCCGAUUCAUCGGAAUAAUCCCAAUCCAUUUUUCGAUCAGCACUUCAAAUUCCCCGUCAGCCAUGAGCAGCUUCAAGAAAAAACCCUCGUUCUGCAGGUUUUCGAUUACGAUCGGUUCUCAAGAAACGACGUAGUUGGCUCUGUGAGAGUUGCAAUGGAACAACUCGAGUUCGUUUCGUCAACAUCUUCGAUCGAAGUCUGGGGGGAAAUCGCCCGUGAGAAGAAGCCACCGGAAGAGAUUCAGCAAGUUCUGCUCUCACUCUCGUAUCUGCCGAGCGCCGAGAGAUUGACGGUGCUUAUACUCAAAGCCCGAAAUUUGUUCCCGUCUCAGGAGGACAAAGAGAUCGUCGAUCCUUUCGUCAAAGUGAGUCUACUGACGGGCGACAAGAGAGUGAAGAAGAAAAAAACGGCCGUAAGAAAAGCCACGAGGUGUCCAGUCUGGAACGAAGCGAUGUCAUUCAACGUGUCAGCAGGACUGCUCGCCUCUUCAGCCAUCGAGGUCUGCGUUUUGGAUUCGAGCAGCGAGUUGAUUGGUGGGAACGCGAUUCUUGGCUCUUGCAUCGUUGGACCAGCAACAGGAGGGACCGCAGUUGAGACUGAAGCCGGUGCGUCGAAUCAGAGCCGAGAGCACUGGUUGCACAUGACACAUUCGCCGAGAAAAGCGAUCGCGAUGUGGCACACGUUGCACUAACGUAACGAAGCAAACGAUAAAAUCGAGUGUUCGAGCAGCACUAUCAUUUUUCUACAAUAAUUCCUGAAUUCGAUAAUCAAUCGACUUGUUGAGAGUCGAAAAAAAUAACCGAACGAGAAGGAAAGAAAGGAAGCAAAGAGAAAUUUUCACGACGUUCGAAUCGACGGAGCCUAAAAUCGUAAUUUAUUCAUCGCGUACGCAAUCUUGUUACGCAAGAUUCAUUAUUUUUUCAAAAUACGUCACGAAUUUAUCGAUCGAACGAGGCAUUCGCGGUUCUAUUUUUAUUACGUAGCGCCACCACGACGAUGCAUGCGAAUACCUUUUUCCUCUUUUCACUGUAUUACUAUCGAAAAUAGGAAACGAUGAAAAAAUAUGCUGCACGGAGAAAAGUCGCAUCGCGAUCCUGCCCGUGAAAAAAUCCGAAACAAUCAAAUUUCUUCUCACUAUUUAUUGAGAAAUUCUUUAAUCUCUGAACAAAUCUUAUACAAUAACUUUGUAAAUCGAAUGAAAAAGUCUGUUGUAUCCGAAGAUAAGAUUUGCAUUGAAAAUACAAAAAUUGUGGAAUUGAAUUUCAAAUACCCUCGAGGACAGUUCACCAUUCGUUUGCGCAAGCAAUGAAUAUUUAUUAUUAGUGAAACAUUGUUUCCAAAAUUUCGAAUGAUAGCCCAUGUACACGGAGAUUAUUAAACGGAAAAGUAUUUAUUCCUGUAACGCACUCUAAAAUUUCAAAGAUUUUGCAGAAUUUUCAGUUUUAUAAUGGUAAAUAUUGCAGGGAGGACGUCAAAAAUCACUCCGGUAAAAGUUUCUACUUGGAACAAUAAAUAUUAUUUAAUUUAUAGCAAAAUUCAAUUUUUCUCCCAUAAUAAUAUCGCAGCUCAUCUGUUUUUAUUAUCAAGUUUUUAUUUAUUACUAUUUAUUUGAAUUCAAUUAAUUUUCUCCGUGUAACAUGCGAAUAUUUUCAUAUUCCAUAUGCCAAAAAAAGAACACAUACACACAAGAAAUGUGUCUAAUAUUUUUGAAUGUCAUCACCUGUAUUAGCUUCGAAUAUAUAUAAUAUUUAAGUCUCAUUUCCGCACAAGCGUCCAGAGUGUAAACCUGUGCGAUACUAAUUAUUUGAAAUCUGUAUUUGUAUGUAUAUCGUGACCAAGGGAAGAUCACGUACCGCAAUAACAUAUCAAACGAUAUAACGCAAAUCUUUUCGCCGUAUUUAUACAUAUAUAUGAACGUAUUUGCUGUCGAACUUUAAUGGAGCGGAGAUUGAAAAAUGACAAAAGUCAUUUUUCAAUUUUUUCGCAAUUCGAAUAUACGAAAGAUUAUUCAACACCCUUAAUCAAUGAACUUUGUAAAAAUAUUUCAGGCCUCGUACGGUCUUGGAUCACAGACAUGAAUUUACACUUAUUUUCGUCGUAUAAAUAACAACCUUUUCCGUACACAUAUUUUCAAAUUUAAGAGAACAAUGAUAUUUUUGAAUCUCCAAUAAUUCAGCACACCCGCAGAUGCGUACGUCACACAAAAACAAUUUCAAAACGUUUUUUUCUCACCGAGAUAUCCAUUUUAUCGAGUUUUACAUGUAUACGAUGAAUAAAAUAUAUAAAGACACACUCUGAAAUACGUUGUAUCCAGUUAAUUGCUAAUAAUUAUAUUCGACAAAACGUUGUUGUCUUAAGAAACAGUUAUCUCGAGCCAUUUGAAAUUAUAUGUGACAUAAUGGAGGAGAUAUAUAUACAUAUUAUACUAUAAAUAUAUAUUAUAUAUUCUAUAUUGACGCCAAGUUAUUCUUAAACUUGGUUAACUGUUGUUACUGAAAUAUUUAUCAAUUCGUGGAUAUUGUACAAGAAAUAUAAAUAUAUACAUGAGGUUUGGGCUAUUUCAUGUCGACUAGAAUAUUUCUGGCCAUAAAUUCACAGUUUCAUUCUUCGAUGGAAUUUAUUUGGUGAUUCUGGAACCUCUGAUAUUUGACAACAGUAAUAUACAACUUAAGCAUCCGACUGAUGCAGAGGAGUUUGUUCAUGACACAUUUUUUCGCGAACUUUUUACACCUACGAAGAUUUGUUAUAUUUACAAAAGUUUCCGUAGUUCCGCAAUUUGAUACAAAUGUUCAAUACUUUUGUCAUGUCUGGUCGUAACUCCGAUUCUCAACGAUCGUGAAAACUAUGCAGGACAAGUUUAAACGCAAUAUCUUUGAAGAAAUUUUUCUGACUUUUCUAAUAAGCGUCGUUUUACAAAGAGAAAUUUCAAAUCCUUUAUACAUUUUUUUUCUCGAUUGUAUGAUGAAAAUAUUGACGAAAUUUCACAUGUUUAUGGAAAUCCGAAUGCAUUUACGCACUGAAAAUCAAUCUUUCGAUUAUUCCAUUGAAAAGGGUGAAACAAAAACAUAUGAACGAAUAUUAAAAUCUUUCAUUCGAGGAGAAAUAAUCGUGCGGUUAAGUGUGAAACAGCCCAUAAUUAUGAUAAUACAAAAAUUAAUAUAAAUGAAAUAUCGGCGCAGGAGAAAACUUGUAAAGGCGCUCUAAAAAGGAGAAAAAAAAUCAGUGACCCUCUCAAAGGCGGGAGAAGGGAGGUGCAAAAAUGUACGCUUAUCGUUGCGCUUUGCUACACUCUACCGUACCUUAUUACCACGUGUUUCUAAAAUAAUUCCACACAUAUUUGGAAGAAAUGAACACUGCAAUAUAUUUCGAAUAUAGAUAUAUAUAUAUAUAUAUAAAUUAUAUACACAAAUAUCACGAGAGGACGUACUCGGAUUUGUAUGAAAACGGUUUACACGUGCAUGUACAAUAUACACAUGAAAAAAUCGAGAUGAGGACAUGAAGCAAAAGAAAGAAAAAAACGAGAACGAACGAUGUUAUACGUGUGUGUGUAAGCUAUUCGUUAAAUGUCAAGUCCAAUAAAUAUUUUCGUGUCACGUAAGACUCUACACAAAAUGUUAAAAUUGUUUAUAACAAUUUCACUGGGAUAUUGUGAACCGUUCAUUGUGCACAAGAGUGAGUUAAUAAAAAAUAUGAUGGACGUAACAGAAA